CGGAGAGAGGUGUUGCGGGGGUGGGUUUCGUACGAUCAAGGCAGUGGAGCCGCGGACAGUCGCCUCGACGCUACCGUCUCUCUCAGUUGUUCCACGGUUUCUGAACUCGGCGGACACGCAGACAGAAAAUGCGUUCCGCGAUCGUGUGCAUCGCUUUUGUCCUGAUGUAUACGAGCGGGUCGUUUGUCGCGGGUUUGCGAUACAUCGAUCCACAGACGGGAAGUAACAGUGACAUCGGCGAUAAACGAUUGGACUUAAGCGAGCCAUCGUGCGACGAGCUGCGCGCUAUGUGGAGGUACACGAAGAGGCAGAGCAGAGCCGCUAAAACCACCAACAGAUAUUCGAUGUACUCAUUCAAUCCUAAAAUAUGGCCGCCUACUGCAAUGUUUCCUGAUCGCAUUAAAUUAUCCAGAGGAUACACGCGAGAUAUUGUUGCACCCACACGAUUGAAAUUACGAGAAGAAUUGGAAGGGAGACAUGCCGGACGACCGCGCAGCCGUGCCGCUGGAGGUGCACCAAUUUACGGAAGAAUGGUGCAUAAAGCUCCAGCAGGAAGCAGAUGGCGUAAUGCGAUGCGGGGGCCUUCGCGUACAAGAUUUGUCGAAGAGAUCUCGCGGCAUUAUGGAACUGUAAAUACAGCACCAUACACACCGAAUAAUCGUCGUACUAGCUUCCGCGUUGGUGGUGGUAUCUCAUCGCAGGUUCCCCAAGCAGGUAGUUUCGAAGCACUCAAGAAUAUUAUCCAGGCCGAGAGAGCACGUGAAUUAAAGGAGCAACAUUUAGCCGAAGAAAUGGAAGCGAGAUCCUCUGCUUUUAGAGACGACAAGGACAUAAUAAAUGAAGAACAACUACUGAACAGACAACAAUCACGAAAGCAAUUCUUCAAUCCGUUACCACUCUUAGAUAUGACACCAAAAGUCAAUUAUGAAUACAAUCAGCGGCGUCAAAACAAUCCGCCUAAUAUUGGUCAAGCUUGGUCGAGAAGCGGACCUCUUACACGAGAAUACGUAUUAGCUUAGUAUGCUGCGAAUUGUUAUGAGGAAAUGAUAUAAAUCCGAAAACUGCCGCAUGCAUACUAGUGUUUGUGACUGCUUUGUAUGACGCAUCUACAGCCGGGUGGAACAAAGUUGUCAACAAAAGCGUAACUGCAAGAGUAAGCGACGCUUAUUUUACGAAAAUCACGUGCGUUUUGAAGAAUCUAUGGCUCCUGGAUCUCUAUGCAAACUUUUAAGUCUUUGUGUCAACAAUAAGUAAGUGCAAAUUUGAAAUUUUAACCCAAUAUCGGCCAAUAUCGAAAAUUAUUUUAUCAUUCAACUGCGAAACGAAGAACCCUCUUUCGUAUCAAAAAUUUUAAUUUUAAAUAAAUUCUAGAAAAGAAAAUAUAUAUCAGAAACGAAUUGAACGGCAUCUCUAUUGGGUUAAAAGCACCUACUUUCUGAGCGUAUCAGAACAUUCUGUUUGCAUAUCUCUCAUGCAAAUAAAAUUAAAUACAAAAUGAAAUAUUAAAUUCAUAAAGUAAAUUUUACUUACAUACCAAGUUAAUUUUAUCAAUGAUCUGCAUGUGUCAUAUUUUUGCAUAUUUGUGCAAUUCGGCAAUACUUCGCAAAUGGAAUGGCACGGAAACGAAUAAUUUGACCCGAAAUGGCACAAUUCCAUAGAUUUUAAUUUUUUCUGCGUUAAAAAUUUGCAAAAUAUUAAAAAAUAGAGGCGAAAGAAGAUGAAAAUUUCAAUAGAUUUCUUAAGUUUAUAAACCAUAAUUGUUUAAUCAUCAGAGAAGUUUUUAAAAAACAAUAAAUUUUUUAAUAUCUUAAAAGCUACAAAUUUUUGGAUAUAAUGUCAGCUUUAAAAUUGUAAUUUCUCUGUCUUCUUUUUUUUUAAAUUUAAAUUGUAUAUGAAAAGUAUGAUAAAAAUGUUUAGUCUUUUUUUCUCUUAAAGUAAAAUGUUUAAUGAAUUCAAUUUGACAGAAAAUUGAAUUAUUUGACUGAUUUCUUUUCAAAAAAAAUUAUACUUUUACAUGUUUUGUUAAACAAGACAAAGUUCGUUCGAAUUAAAUUGUAUUUUAAAAGUAUAUCGCUAAUCAAGUAUACUGUAAAAAGAAUUCAAAUGUGAUUCAAUGCGCAAUUGCAUGUACUGAAUCACAUUUGUACGUGAAAAAUUUUACUGUUCCGAAAAAUCAUUUGGAAAAUAUCAGCUAUCUGAUCUUAUUAAGUGAAAAGACUAUGCAUAUGAUUUUAACUCUUAGUACUCACCCCGGGGUCUAUUUGACGCCAAAAAAUUUUUACAUCAAUAUUAUCACUUCAUAAUUAAUUUUAUAAUUGAAUAAAAACACACUCUUUACUACUGAAUUACCGUAUUUUUUGUUCCAAAAUCACCGAAUUUAAUCUACGAAAUAUACUUUUUGGAACACCUAGUAUCAAACUGUUUUUUCUAUCAAAAUAUCAUAUCUCAAGAGUAAAAUCUUAAAUUUUUAUUUAAAAUUAUAAAAAAUUGGAAGUUAUAAAUUUUUGAGUAAAAAAAGUCUUUUUCUCUAUUUUAAAUAUAAAAAUUGUUGAAUUAAAUUAUGAAAACAUGUUCUUCAAUGUACAAAUCAUAUCUAGGAACUUUUAGUUGUCGAAAGGCGCAUACUUUUGGUGCAUUAAGCGUUCAAAGUUGUUAGGAGCAAAAUGACCCCAUGUGAUUAUUAUUGAACAUUUUAGAAGUGUGAUUACCAAGGGUUAAUUGUAAUAAUUUGUUAUACAUUAUUUUGUUAACAUAUUUUCUAUAGUACAUAUUUAUUAUUCAAAUAAUUUAUACAAAUAUAGUGUAAUCAAUAGUCACGGACUGUAAAAGAAAUAUUUAUUAUAUGGUUCGAUACUCAAUUUAAAUAUGCAAAAUAUUCUCGGGGAUGUUUACACAUAAAUGUAUUUACAGCUGUGCCAAUUAAAAUGUCACGCAUCCCCACUUUUUCUUAAGUAUAUAAAAACAAUACUUGGACAAUAAAAUAGUAAGACUUAUAUCUAACAAAUUUUGACAUUGUACAUUAACUUAAUGUAAGGAGCUCUAAUAUAUUCUUCAAUAAUCCAUAAAGAAUAUUAUAUUGUACCGAUAUAUUGGAAAUAAAAGACAAUAACUAUUCUUAAGAAAAAAAUUUAUGCGUACAAUACUUCUGUGUUCUUAAUGCAUACACGCAACUGUAAAUGAUGAAAAAAAAAAAAACAGAAAAAA